CUCGGCCGCAUCCGCUCUCUUCUGGCGUCUUUGCCGUCCUUGAACAGCCUGAUCGUGGACUCCAUUCAGCUUCAUGAGAUACCUGGCGAUGGCCCGGGAGAAGGGCAGGAUGAGCACCGUCCCUUGCGGCUGCAGCACGCUGCGCUGUCCGCUUCAUUCUGCUUGGGCAUUCAUCAAACGUUCCUUUCUCGGUUCCUCUCGCUCUUCGAACAGAUAGCUGAGCUACAAAUUCAAGGCGCAGUCAUGUACCGCACCCUUCACAACCCGCACCGCUUCAACAUGCCAGUUUCCUACGAUCUUCAUCUCGCAGCAGACAGUGUCCGCCCCGCGGUGCGGUCGCUGACUCUCGUCCGCUUCGACUUAGCCCAGAGGCUACUCCCCGUCCUUCCUGCAUUCGUUCGCAUUGACGCCCUGGAAGCUCUCCGCGUUAGCCACUUCACGGGCGGCCUCGUCGCGAUGGUGGACGCACUGCUCUGCCAGACGCCAAACAUGCGGGAGCUCACGCUCCUUUUCCACCGAUUUGCGUCUGCGAAUCUAUCAUACGCGGUUGCACAAAGCGAGAAGUACCACCUGCCCGGUCUCACGCGCUGCCCGCAUCUCGAGUCGCUCGCGCUCGGCGUCGAGAUCCACCUCGACUACGACCUCAUCGAAAUCAACCAGGUAUAUUGGCGGCGCUGCCUUGAACCUCUUUCCAGCGCGCCCUCGACGCUGUGCCGCGUCUCUGUCUCGAUUCAAACGUGGGCGGUGACCGGCACGAAUUACUUCGAGCCCCUCGCAGAACUCGACUGGGAACUACUGGACAGCGUUCUCUCGCACUUCACCCAUCUCACCACCAUCAAGGUGUACAUCAGCAGCCGCAACAUCGGGCGUUGGAUCCUCGCGGAGGACGAGAUGCGCAGCCGACUGGCUGAGAAGCUUUCGGCGCGAAACCGGAGUAUGCUGCACAUUGCUUUUGGCGAUGCCCCUUAAACACAUCCGCGAAAAAGGUUGCGACUGCCUGGACUACUCAGUACGCACAGGCAACACUCCCAUUUCUAUCUCGCACUCCCUCUCAUACCUUCAUUGCUAUAUUCUUCUGCUUUUGUCAGUGCUCAUGCUGCCGACCGCCGGCAUAUUUUGGAAAGUUUCUUCUAUUUUGAUUCUUUGUCUAUCUUAGUCCCGUCCGUUAGCUAAGGCACACAUAUCUUCGUAACCUUAU